ACCCUAAUGGUCUCAAUCUAGCGGAAUGUCGACGCCAGCAUAGGGAAGCUAUUCAUCUUAUUCUAAUUAAAACCCGCCGCUCUGGGAGUAGCAAUGGGAAAUAAGUACUCCGCAACGCAUACAACGUCAGCAAUACAAACGGAGAAAUAUUAGCAUCGAUGGACUAUAUUCGACCGUCUGUUAUAACAUCUGGAAUGGCUCACCAUCCCGAAAAAGAGGCGACAACUCUUGCAACUCUCACCAAGGAGUUUGUGAGCCUACUAAAAGCGUCCCCAAAGAGGACGAUAAGUGUAGAGAAGGCGGUGGAGCGACUUCACGCUAACAAGAGAAGGGUUUACGACAUCGUCAAUAUCUUGGAAGGGGCUGGCGUCGUCAAACGCACACUUGACAAGGAAAUCACCUGGAGCGGUGGAGACUCUAACGAGUCAGCGUCUUCUCAAACAAUAAGCAAAUGCAGCGAGAAGUUGAGGAGGGAUUUAGCCGAAAUGGAUGCUCAGGAGAGGGUACUUGACGACCUUUUAGAAAACGCAAAAGAAGAGCUACGGAGAACGACAAGAGCCCCAGAGAACGAGAGGCAUGCGUUUGUUACCAUGGCGGACAUAGAGGGGAUAGAGAGCUUGGGUGAACAGACCAUUGUCGCAAUAAGAGCACCACCAGCCACUGAACUGGACAUCCCCUGGCCAGAGGAGCGCAUCCAAAUGAAAUUGAAGAGUUCACGCGGUCCUGUGCAAGUGGACUGGUUACGACUGAACGAGAGGGGCUCAAUUCGAGUCUCAGACACGCCUGGCGCAUGCGCACUAGCCCACAAAUCGACAUAUGGUCCCCACACGAGUACUGGGAACGAGUAACAAGCCUUCGACUACCAGAUAGCGCUCAUUAUCGAUUUGUAAAUAGAAUUGUAUAUAAAAAAACACAAUAUAACAAAAACAAGUUACGCGGAUGACAUUUUUCUUUAUAGUGACAAUAAAGUGAAAAAUAUAGAGCAGGCGAUAAAAACAAAUGGGAAACUUUACGAUGAAUGUAAAAGUAUAAAUCGUAAGUGCGCUAGAUUGGGUGUGCAAAGGCUUCUUUCUUAGCCAGCGAAAUAAAAAGAAGAGUCAUCUGCUACAAGGGAAAGUUGGGGUGGUACCUUGAGGACAGAAAGGUUCUGCGAAAACUAGUUUGAAAGUGACUGCAAAUCCACAGAGGGUUUGCAAUAAAAUGCUCAUUUAUGAAAACUAUGUACAAAUGAUCGUCAAAAGCCAUGAAAAUAUCUAGUAAAAAUAAUAUCCCGAGUUUGUUAUCCAACUAGUCCACGUGGUUAUAGAGCCAAUAUAGUAAUGUACAUACGGAUUGACCAAUAAAACGAAGCAAUAUUUUCUUCA